CAUGGGGAACAUCUCGUCCAACAUCUCCGCCUUCCAGUCCCUGCACAUCGUCAUGCUGGGCUUGGACUCGGCGGGCAAGACCACGGUGCUCUACCGCCUCAAGUUCAACGAGUUCGUCAACACGGUGCCCACCAUCGGCUUCAACACGGAGAAGAUCAAGCUGAGCAACGGCACGGCCAAGGGCAUCAGCUGCCACUUCUGGGACGUGGGCGGCCAGGAGAAGCUGCGCCCGCUCUGGAAGUCCUACAGCCGCUGCACCGACGGCAUCAUCUACGUGGUGGACUCGGUGGACGUGGACCGGCUGGAGGAGGCCAAGACGGAGCUGCACAAGGUGACCAAGUUUGCCGAGAACCAGGGCACCCCCCUGCUGGUCAUCGCCAACAAGCAGGACCUGCCCAAGUCGCUGCCCGUGGCCGAGAUCGAGAAGCAGCUGGCGCUGCACGAGCUGGCGCCCUCCACCACCUACCACAUCCAGCCCGCCUGCGCCAUCAUCGGCGAGGGCCUCACUGAGGGCAUGGACAAGCUCUACGAGAUGAUUCUCAAGCGUAGGAAGUCCCUCAAGCAGAAGAAGAAACGGUAAAGGGGAGGAGGCCGCCGGAGCCAGCGAGACCACGAGCUGAGCCCGCUGGUGCCGGAUCGGGACAGAGGAACAAACCCUGGCUCGCCGGACGCCCACCAGCCUCUGCCUCACACAGAGUGAGAGGGGCAUGGCUCAGGCCACCUUCUUCUCCCCACGUCCACUUCUCAACCUGGGCAAGCUGCUGGCUGGGGCUGGCCUGGCUGCCCUCCUCGGCCCCAAAGCCACCAGGAUGAGCCAAAGCCGCCCCAGGAGGAAGCUGCUGGGGGCCCAUGGACUCCCUGAGGAGCCACUCAUUGGGCCCCUCCGUCCUCUGGAGGGAAGGACUUUUUCCUUGGUGCACCUGUGGGACAAGGAAGCCCAGGAGCUGGACAGAACAGGGCAGGACCCUGCUUGAGAGAGACUAGGAUGUGCUCCUGGCUUGGGAACUUGUAUUUUUUUUUUUUUUUAAGUGUGUGUAUGUGUAUAUGGGGCUAAGGGAAGGGCUUCUGGGGAAAGUGGAGCUGAAGAAAUAAUGCUUCAGGGAGCAGUGGAUGCUGAGGGACCUGCCCACAAUUGGAAAACCAGGGUAGGAAAAGGAAAACACAUACUGAUCCCUGUUGCUUAAUGGUGGAUGUUGGCCUCUGGGGAGAACUGCUUCUCAGGGCUGGCACCAGCCAUCUCCCCGGACCACUUGGAUUCGGUCCACUUGCAGGUUACGGUCACCAAAAAUGAAUUGGAAAAAAAAAAAUCAGACUAACAAAAGGUAGGAGAGCAGUGAAUGAAUGAUACGCUGCUGCUUGCAGUAGCAGUCUGCGUGCUUAAAGGGGAAUUGCUAGUGGGUGCACAUCAUCCUUGGAAAAACAGAAAAAUGUAUUGAUCCACAUGGAAUUUAAAGCUAUAACCAGCUGGAUGGUUUGUGACCAGCUGCUGACUUGGUGCUGAGUUUGAAGCUAUUUGCUUCCAAGGGGUUCUGUAUGAACUUUGCCAUGAAGGGUGUUCACAUCUCUUGUCACAUUAUCAAAGGUUUAUUUUUAACAGAGGCUGUGUCCUAUUGUAAUGAGAAGGAAUAGGUCUUUCUCACACCCUUUUAUAUCACUGUAACCUACUGGUAGAGGUAUGUUUCUUUUGUCUAAUUUGGAUCAAGCUGGUUUGUCCAAUUUAUAUUUUCUGUGGGGAAAAAAAACCUCACUACAGUGUUGGAUUCUAGGCCUCCAACUGUCCACCUCAUUGCAUCAGUAUGAAAGCAAUGGAUGAACACAAAAGAUUUAGGCCAGUGGUAGUUAAACUUGAAUAUAAACAGGUUCUGUGAAUCCAAUCAGUGCUUUGGCUAACAGAAUACAAAACUAUGAGUGGCUAAGAUAAAUUUAUACCCCCCACCCCCAGUAGGAAGAAUUAAAAAGAUGUCUGCCUGAAAAGGGCAGGGGAGGGCAGAAAAAUGACUGGGGAAAUUGGAGUGAUCUUUUUUUUUUAAUAAGAAAACGAUACAUUUUUAAAUACAUUUGUGUUGAGAGCCCUACUUACAAAUCACAUGUUAAAGGCAGAUUUGAGCCAAUUAUGAAUUUGCUGUACAAGUACUGUCUUGCUUCUAUUGACCUCACUGGUAGAAGAUUGAACCUUGUAUUGUUUAGCAAGAUUCUGGCCCUUCACCAUUGAAGUUGAUGGGUGAAGAACCAGACUGGUAAUGAAUAGAAGUGUUUUUUUUCCCCCCUGUUCUCUCUCCAGGAAACCACCUCACUGAGUAAACCACGGUCUUUACCCUUAUAGUUUCACAAGAAGGGUGUUUGGAAAUGAGAGCUAAUUUUCAGGAUUUGAACAUCUCCGGUGACUGUUUUGUGCCUGUGGAAAAUUUCGUUUUAACGUGGUCAUUUCUGGCAAGCCAAUUACUGGCAUUCCUGCUUGAAUGCAGGUCCUAAAUUACAGCUGUGGAAAACACCAAACAGACAAAGACUUAACCCAGGGAGUUUCAGGCAGCUGAUUCUCCCCUUAUCUAUGAACUCGGUACCUUCCAAGUAGCAUUUUGUAGAAAUCGGAUACUGAAACCAAGUAGUAUUUAUAUGCCUGCAGAAUUCCAGUUUACAUGAGCAGUGACUUGUUCCUGGAUCUAAUGAAUGGGCUGGUCCCAUUAUUUGAGGCGGCUCUGGACUUUUGUUGGGUUUUUUUUUUCUUUUCUUCACUCACAACACUCUUAAGCACUUUUGACAUUUGGUAGUUCCACAGGAGAGAAAGUGCAAACCUUCAUUUUGUGACACCACAGAAGCCAGAUGCUGCAACUGUUGUCUGAUCUUUACAGUAGCUAAGGAUAAAAUGUAAUCCUUUGAAUAAAAACCUUGCUUUAAGACAAUAAACAUAGGAAUUAAUUAUGAUAUUUUGUCUACUAUCCAGAUUGUGGUCCUGAUUAUGCAGACAUAAGCACCAAUAAGUAACUAUGCAUGCAGAUUUAAUUGAUUUCAGUGGCACUCUUCGUGCAAAUAAAUAUCAUGCAAAUAAAUAUGUGUCUGCAGGAUCAGGUCCUUUUUGCACAGUAAGGCAAACUGGUCCCAGUUAAUCCUAUCCAGCAAAGCAUUUAAGUGUAUACUUAAGUACUCUGCUAGAUAGAUAUUAUGCUGGUCCAGGGCCAUUGCCACUAAAGGUACAUUUUUGCAAUAACUUAAAAAUAGUUUUCCAAUAGGUAACAGUAUUUCUGUGACAUUUCAGUACUGUAAUGCAUGUUUCUCUGUUCAGUGAUAGUGUUCAACUGCACUGUCAUCUGUAAUUGGCCUGAUAAAGAUGACUGAAACAAUGAUGGUUAAAUGCACAGAAAAAAGAGCUUUACCCAGUCUAAUAUGAAAACAAAUGUGGGUUUUCUCAAGAUUGUGUCUUCUCAAAAGGAGGUUUGAGUAUUUCUUUUCUAGCAGAUGUCACAAGAUGCCAGUCACACUUCUGACUUUCUCUUCACACUGUACCUAUUAGUGUUGGAACUUGAGAAAAAAUGCCAUGCUGCCUACUCUGAUUUCAUACUACCCUGACAUAAUAUCCUCUGUUCCUUCCAUCUUUUCUCUUUUUUUUUUUAAUGAUACAAACAUGACGCUGUGAACUUAAAUAAAUUAUUUAUACAAUGAAAA